AGAUAAUAAUGCUUCAUGAUCCUCCCGGUCCUCAAAGCUUCAACAAAACCCAUGGCUCUGGUGCAUGCUUCCUCACUCCAAGCGCAUCCCCCUGCCCCGCACUCCCCGAGGAAACUUUCUUGUCCAGGGAAAGGAACAAUAAUAAGAUGUUGUUUUCACAAGAAUACAUCUUUCAAUGCAAUGAUCUCUGGGCAUUUGUUGUCUUGCUUUUCUGCUUCAAUUAUGUUCUUUACACCACCAAACCAGGUUGCUGCUGCAGAAAUGACCCAGCAUAAUAAUACAUGCCAGAUUGCAUCUGGAACAGAUAGUAGUUCCAUUUUAAAUCUAGAUAGUAUGUCUGAUGGAAGAAGUCUAAUGAUGAGGGGCAUGACGGCUAAAAAUUUUGAUCCUGCCCGCUAUGCUGGAAGAUGGUUUGAAGUUGCUUCAUUGAAGCAGGGAUUUGCCGGUCAAGGGCAGGAAGACUGUCAUUGUACUCAAGGGGUAUAUACUUUUGAUGCAGAGACCCCAUCAAUUCAGGUGGAUACAUUUUGUGUUCAUGGUGGCCCUGAUGGUUAUAUUACUGGCAUAAGAGGGAAAGUUCAAUGUCUUUCUGAGGAACAAAAAGAACAAACUGAAACAGCUCUAGAAAAGCAAGAGAUGAUCAGAGAGAAAUGUUACCUUCGUUUUCCGACGUUGCCAUUUGUACCUAAGGAACCAUAUGAUGUGAUUGCUACUGAUUAUGAUAACUUUGCUCUGGUUUCUGGGGCUAAAGACAAGACCUUUGUUCAGAUUUAUUCAAGGACUCCGAAUCCUGGACAAGCUUUUAUAGAGAAAUACAAAUCAUAUUUGGCAAAUUAUGGUUAUGAUCCUAGCAAGAUCAAAGAUACUCCUCAAGACUGUGAAUCAAUGUCUUCCAAUCAGCUAGCUCUGAUGAUGUCGAUGCGAGGAAUGAAGGAGGCUUUGACAAACCAAUUUCCCGACCUUUCUUUGAAGAAACCAAUCCAGCUCAAUCCAUUCACAAGCAUUGUAGACACUCUGAAAAAGCUUCUGGAACUUUAUUUCAAGUCUUAAAAUUAAGAUCUUUAACUUUGUGUCUAGAACAGUAUGCUCAUUGGCAUGGAUUUUUUUAUCUUGUAAUGCAAUAUAUAUGAUAUGUUUGCUCUAAUAAGUUCAAAACUGGCAUCCAUUGGCGUUUGCAA